AUGGCGUGCUGCCCUGCUCGACAACAGACGCACGUCCGUUCCUUUGGUUGUCGCCACCGCCGUGUUCCCCGUCUGCCUCCUGGCCAUCCCACCUAUUCUCACCCUACUGCUCAGUUCAUCAUCGUUUUGGUUAUUGCCGUUGUCACGGGUCUCACGAAGCAGAUAAUGUGCCUCGGUGGCCGUGGCCAGGCACUGUUUAAGCUGUCUGAUUGCGAGAAUAUGACCGCGUCACAUCUUCCCUACACGCGCAACGGCCUCAAGUUCUUCACCAAGCGCGGCGGGCUAACCUCCGCCGAGGUCGAAGCUAUCUGCGACCGCGCGGCCGGCAAGUACGUCGCCAGGAAGAUGGGCCUCGGCGGCGGCGGCCUCGGCAUGCCUCCGGUCGUCAUGCGCGUCGACCUGAUGAGCGCCUACGCGCAGCACCUCCGGGACAUCAUCAAGGAGCGCAUCGCGCAGCCGACCGACUACGACAUGCCGCUCAAGGGCUUCAAGGUCAUCGUGAACGCCGGCAACGGCUGCGGCGGCUUCUUCACCUGGGACGUCCUGGAGAAGCUUGGCGCCGACACGACCGGUAGCCUCCACCUGGAACCCAACGGCAUGUUCCCGAACCACAUGCCCAACCCGGAGGACGCCACGGCCAUGUCGCUCACGCGCGGCGCGGUGCUGGCCCACGGCGCCGACCUCGGCGUGGUGUUCGACACGGACUCGGACCGGAGCGGCGUGGUGGAUGACGCGGGCGCGGCCAUCAACGGCGACCGGCUCAUCGCUCUCAUCUCUGCCAUCGUCCUUGGGGAGCACCCCGGGAGGACGGUGGUCACGGACGCCCGGGCCGGGGACGGGCUCACGCGGUUCAUCGAGGCCAGGGGCGGGAAGCACUGCCUGUACCGCGUUGGCUACCGAAAUGUGAUCGACAAGGGCGCGCAGCAUGAUGUAGACCACCGGGCACGGCGCGCUCAAGGAGAACUACUUCCUCGAUGA